CUUCCGCCCCCCACGCCACACUGGGCAGCCGUUCCUUCCCUAAAGCUCGCUCCCUCCCCCCUCCUCCUCCUCCCGCAGCAUGGACCCCGCGGCAUCCCAGAGCCGGGCAGGCGAGAGUUUGGAUAGUGAGGACAGCCAGACAAAGAGGCCGACCAACCUGGAACCGUGGAUUGUGAAUCUCCUGCUCGACUAUGAAAAGCCUGACACCAAAGAAGAUGAACAAUAUGGGCAUGUCCAGAAGGUUUUGAAUGAUGCAAAAGAUCUAAAUCUGGAUGGAAAAUGUCCAGCAGCUGUUCUGCGCAUUGCAGAUGGACAUCACUAUAUUCGAGCAGCUGUUGCUGAUAAUGCUCUUCAGGCGACACCACUCUGUCAAUCACUGUCUGGAUAUUCGAGUAUUGUUGGCCAGUUCAUCGUGCUGAAGAAGUAUAGGGUGUGUUUUAGAAAGGCAACUAAAGUGGAGGAUUGUGAAUUCUACCUCGCCCUCAGUUGUUUCCAGGUGGCAGCCAUGAGAAGAAGGCAGGAAAUGAAGCAGCGGGACUGUAACCAAGUGCCAUCUGUGCUAAAGAGGAUAAAGGAAUUAUGGCAGAAAACCUUUGCCAUGCAGCCCUGGUAUAAUAAUUCUGCAUCAGGUUUUUCUCAAAUACUGCAAGAGUUGGAAGAGGAUGAACUCGACACUAUGAAACAAAAUGUCAGGGAUUGCCUCGAUUUAUUCAGUUCCACCCAUCAGCUGAAUUCUGAGCAGUUGGCUGUGUAUCCUGAAACCAAAUGGCAAGUGGAACGCAAACGAGAUAAGGGGCACCAGAAUACUUUUAUGGUACCAGCAAAGUUCCUGGUAAUCAGUGCAGAAAACGAAGAAAUACUUCGCAAGUCAUACCCACAAAAGAAAUGUCAAGAUGCUUCUGAUACUAGUAGUUGCAGUCAAGGUGAUGACAAGAGCUCUGCAUCCUUUGUCAGUGAGGAAUCUGGAAGUCCGAAUGGCUCCUUAGAAAAUCCUUGGGACAUUUUUCCAGGAAUGACUUUGACUUCUUCCAGUAAUAAAUCUGGCACCCCACCUGGCCCUUCGCAUGCACAGCAGGUGCUGCUGGCCAGAACUGCCGAGGAAGAGGCCCCAUGUUCCAGCAGCUGUACCCCAGAUUUUCUGGAGCCUUGUAGUUCUGAGCACGUUGAGCCAACAGCAUUCCCAUCUCACAAGAAGGCAUUGCUCAAGGAAUCAGCCUGUCAGGAUUCCACUCCUCUUGAGCCAAACACUGUCCAUGAGACCAGCAAAAGGGCAGAUAGUAAUGAGAGCAUUCCCUGUGCCCAGCCCCUCAAAAAUUCAUAUUCUGACGCCACUAUGUACUCUCCAGGCCAUCCUUCUUUGGUGAACGAUGCCUCUCGUGGGCCCUUGUCUGAAAAGACAGUGGAAGGUAAUGCAAAAGGUUUAAAGAAGAAUAAAGCGACAGAGGCUAUGGAAGGAGCUCCGGCUACAGGUGGGAAAGCUGUAGCAAAGAAACGGAAACGUGUGAUUUUAGAUGAAGAUAACUAUGAGACGUUCACCAUUCCAACUCAUGCCAGACAAAAAGCUGCAAGGCAAACUUGUACCAGAGCAUUUCCCAAGUCUAACAAGUCAGAUAAAAUGGUGGUUUGGAAACCUCCCUUAAAUUUUGUAAGCACUUCCAAGAAGAGCCGGACUGAGGAGAUUCAAGCCCAACAUCAUCCAGCCAUGGAGUCCAACAGAGACCAACACCUCUGCAGAUGUACAGAGAGACGACACGAACGUGAGCGGAAUCAAGGGGCAGCAGGAGGUACUAAUGGAUGCCCAAAACAACAAAUUGGAGCUCCAGAAGAGGAACGUGUGAGAAGACUCCCUUUUCACGUGACAUAUGAACCACCAACACCUGAAGUCUGCUCUCAAGUGCGCUCUACAAGGAUAUCAAGAGCAUUGCUGAGGUGGGCCUGUUGGGUUUUCACCAAUGCACAAGGCCGGUAGUCUUCACUGAUGAGUCCUCUCCAUUUCAGAUGUGCUUUGCUUGAACUCCUCUGUUAUGUUAUAAUGUUUUCAUCGUUAUUAAGAUUCAUAUUGAAUUUGAAUUUGCUGUUUGUUUACAUGCAUAAAGAAAUUGGGAUCUAUUUCCAUGAUGGCCCAAGUGCAUAAUGGAAUGGCUCCUGAACUUUUGGCACAAAAGGAUAUGUCCGUGGUUUUGUUACACUCCUUUUCCUAGCUGUAAGCGGUCAUAGAUUGUAUCUGCCAUUAAGCAUUUGUCAGAAUACUGGAAUGCAAGAAGAUGAUGGUGAAAUCAUCAGCUCUCAAUUGGAUAGCUUUUAUCUUUAAUUGAUCUGAUCAUUUCCCUGUUGCAUUUAGUUACAAAAUACUUCAUAUAGUUUACAUGCUUGAUAAAAUGCUUUGGAGACAAAACAAAUUAGAAAAACAACAACAUCGCCGUCAUAGAAAAUAUACCUUUGUGCCCUUUCCAUGGCUGAGCACAGAAAAUCAAACAUGGUUCCGAAGUUGAAAACAGAAAACAUUUCUAUGGUCCUCUGCUUUUAAAAAGGACUGAAUGUAAAGAAAACCAGCCAUUUGUGCUAUAAUAUUUAUUAAAUAUACAUGCAAUAA